AUGGACUACCUGGUGAAGCAAGCUGAUAUUAAUUUGAGACAUAUUCCAUACAAGCAUGUUAUCGGUACAGUAGUAAGUCCUGAGACAAGGUCGGCUACUACGAUUGAUACUCUGAGCUCCAGCAUCCGGUUCUGGCUCUACACAAAAGGGUUUAAAAAGGAUGAAGAUAUUAUUCGCCUCCAAGAAAGAGGAUCCAGCUUAGCUGAAGCUCUUCUGAUGCUAAUGACACUUCUUCCAUACCGACCGGCACAUAUAGCAGGCAGUUCCCAGAAGAAAACUAUCAUUCCGAGCCUGACCAAAGGACGAGGCAUUUUGAAAGAAACAAGCCUGAGCAUCGCUCUCAUGCAAGUCUCGUCAGAAGGUCCGCUAGAGGACUCUACUAUUGAGGCCGCCAAGGAAGUCAGGGUUAGGCGAAUACUGGAUGCAGAGGUGCAGCUUGCCGAAGACCCAGAUUCUGUCCUUGAGAUGGCCGAAGAACAACUCAACGAGACAGAUGAUACUCCGCUGCAUGCUCUAAUUCAAAGUUCAUCGCGUAUUCCUGGUGACUCUAGUACGCGGGAUACCAUAUCUGAACCGAUAUUCAAAACACGAAUACAACUGCUCAAUGGUGGUCGCUAUUAUAACGGAUGCAGAAGGCAAAAUCUGAAAGUCGAUAUAUACUUGCCGAUGAACAUUAUUUGCUACAAUAAAUCUCGAAAGGUUUUAGAUAGCGAUGCAGGCGCUCGUCUUGCGAUUGCCGCUACCAGAGAAGAAGGUGGCCGAUUUAUUACUGUUUAUACAACCAACCAUGGUUUCUGGGCUCCAUACAAAGCCAACACAUUUGUGGAUUGGCUGAACGGCAUUGGUUACGUACAGAUCUGCCGGACACCGAGAAGAUACCUUCAUUUCCAACCUCAGUUACUAGAAGGUUUACCUGAGGAGCUGAAGUACUUUGUGAAUGGGGGUUGCACAGACGAUAAAGGGGUUAAAUUUAAGAAUGAGUUCGAGAGGGAGAGCAGCAGAAGGCAAAGAUAGUGAUGUCUUAUGCUAAGAGAUAUCCUUGUUUACAGAAUCCAAGCACGACGGGACAUCUACAUAUGUACUUAACAUUAUGAAGUGGUUCUCGACCAGAAGGAUAGACGCAGUUCCUCG